GGGAAUGUACACAGGAAACACUCUGUGGGAAAAUACACAGGAAACACUCUGUGGGAAUGUACAAAUGGAGUUCGCUGUGUAAGGCACAGGUUUAUUGGGGGUAAUCAAUCAAGUGACCACUGGCGCCAGCCUGUCUGUUUACACAUCUUCCUUGUUUGCAUGAGUCAUGUAUAGGUUAAAAGGUUAAUGUUUUUUACGAGGACAGAAUCCUUAAUAAAGGAGCUGAGGCUGAGAGGCAGUCAGCGCACUCUGCUCAUGCUCUCUAUCUGAAACUCCUGACUCUCGUCUCAUGAUUUCCUCGCACCUAAGAGUCGGCUGGUUCUCCGACAAGUGGUGCCCCGUGUGAGGCUAAAAAGUUCUACGCCAUUGUUGAAAGGACGCACGUCGUGGUCCUGCAUCAGCUACUCACCCGCCCGGCAAGGGUUCAGACGUCUACCUCAUCUCAGGAUCCCCGGACAAGCAAUUGCUGAGCAUUCAUCUUUUCAAUCUCUGCUUUUUCCACAACUCAGGGGAAAGGACGCUCCUAUUGCUAAAAUAUCUUAUAUUGUGCAUCAAGUGCUUUUUAAUCUUUUAUGUCCACAUAAUAAGCAGCUUCCUCCAGCAGAAUUACAUUUUAGAAAAGAGGAGGAGCUGCCUCGCCCCCUUGUGUCUUUCAGGAAACAUCCGGAUCCAGCAUGGCGUGGCCUUGUACUGCUGAUUACCUGGGGACGUGGAUAUGCCAUCGAUGGGGACCCUCUGUGGGUGCCAGCACGCUGUGUACGACCCUGGCAAUCAUCUACAGCUUCUUCUUCAGCCCAUUCAGUCGCAGAUGCCGCUGAGGGAGGAGGCAGACCUUUCUACACUCUUUCUGGAGGACAGCACCUGUCACCCGGUCUGAAACACCAUUGCAUCUGGCGGCAUCGUGCUCUAAAUAUGGCUGCACUCCGUUAAGAUCACCUUCCAUUUAUUCGAUCUGCAAGCCAUUAUCGCUCUAGGCGUGCUGCCAUUUUACAGAAGUAUCAAAGACAUGACUCUUAUCAUUCCAUAUGGAAUAAUAAUACCUAUGUACAGGAUAUUUCUCAGUUUGCGAAAUUGCUUGACUGUUCUGAUUGUUGGAUUUGCUUACAUAUUCCCUCGUAGUCACAACACUUGGGUAUAUUACUGCAUGGUAUUCCUAUUAAUGACUCUUUUAGAAUUAGUAAUAAUAUGAGUGAUAAUCGUAUUAGUUCACCCCCUGUUAUAUUAUCAUUAUUAGAAGUAGCUCCACGAUGUUUUCGUUUUAAUCACGAUAGUAGCAGAUUUUUAGGUCCUUAUCCUUAUUGUAAUUGGACUUAUGAGUAUGUUAAUGGUAGCUCUUGUUUUCUUAACGUCACUACCCAAAGAGGCAGGCCCAAGGUAACAAUUAAUAAUGUUACCAGAUACAUGACAUUUUACCAACAGGCUACAUGCCGUGAUUUUCAUUCAUGGUUUGAUUGGAUGAAGAAGAGUUGGAGAUCCACAUGCGUGUUACAAUCAAAUAUGUGGCUUUUGUGUGGUAAGAAAGCAUACAAAGAGAUUCCCUCUGCUUUUUCAGGGACUUGCACUCUAGGGGUAGUGAUACAACUGGUGUAUAAGUUAGAUGCUCUUCCUCACACCCGCUUGCGCAAUAAACACGAAGUCAAUCCCCCUUUUACACAAUAUACUGAUACUCAGAUAGCUCGUAGUAUUUUGCCAUUAUUAGGAGUAGCAAUGAAUUAUAGAGAUUUGCAUCACUUAGCUAACUGGACAGAGGCUUUGUUCAAUGACACAGUUAAAGGCAUGAAAUUGAUCAAUACAGAAUUACAGGAUGUUAUUUUAGCCUCGGAAAGAGGCGUAUGUGCCUUAAUACAUAGUCAUUGUUGCAUGUAUGUGCAAGAUAAUGGUCCUAACAUUACUCAUACUAUACAAGAAAUGGAGAACUUGGUGGCUGCACAGCCCUUGCAACCUGCCGUGGGUUUUGAUCCAUGGGAAUGGCUGCUGUCUUGGUUGCCUAACGGUGCCUGGAUCAGGAAAACACUUUUGACGCUUAUAGGAUUAGCCUGUGGCUUGGUUAUGUUAUGUUGCUGCAUUCAAUGUUUACCCUCCCUCUUUGGUCAAUGUAUGACCUGGUUUCAGGCUGCACACCUCUCCACUGGAAUUUCACGUGGAGCCUUCAUUGCGAGGUAUCAGCGACUCCCUAUCUGGCUUCCCACGUGUUAAUUUACCCUGUUGCUUAAAAAUAAAAAGAAAGAGGUGAUGUGGGAAUGUACACAGGAAACACUCUGUGGGAAAAUACACAGGAAACACUCUGUGGGAAUGUACAAAUGGAGUUCGCUGUGUAAGGCACAGGUUUAUUGGGGGUAAUCAAUCAAGUGACCACUGGCGCCAGCCUGUCUGUUUACACAUCUUCCUUGUUUGCAUGAGUCAUGUAUAGGUUAAAAGGUUAAUGUUUUUUACGAGGACAGAAUCCUUAAUAAAGGAGCUGAGGCUGAGAGGCAGUCAGCGCACUCUGCUCAUGCUCUCUAUCUGAAACUCCUGACUCUCGUCUCAUGAUUUCCUCGCACCUAAGAG